CACAACUCUCUCUUCACUUGUGAGUUGUGACAGCAAGAAGAAAAUGGUUCUGGGAGUGUCCAUGUGGCCUCCGGCCUCACUGCCAUGGGGCCUCCUUCUGGCGUCCGGCCUCGUCCUCGUGUGGCAGGCCGGCCGCCAGCUCCACCGGCUGUGGUGGCGGCCGCGGCGGCUGGCGGCGGCGCUGCGCACGCAGGGGCUCCGCGGCACGCCCUACCGCUUCCCCGCCAGCGACCUCGCGGAGGAGGCCGAGCUGAACAGGGCGGCCUGGGCGAGGCCGCUGCCGCUGCGGUGCCACGACAUCGCGCCCCGCGUGGCGCCGUUCCUCCACGGCGCGCUCGGGGAGCACGGCAAGCCGUGCGUCACGUGGUUUGGGCCCACGCCGCAGGUGAUCGUCACCGAGCCGCACCUGUGCAGGGACGUCAUGUCCAACAAGUUCGGCCACUUCGAGAAGCCCAGGUUCCCGGAGCUGUCGAAGCUGGUCGCCAAGGGCGUGAGUUACCACGAGGGCGAGAAGUGGGCCAAGCACAGGAGGAUCCUCAACCCGGCUUUCCAGCUCCAGAAGCUCAAGUGCAUGCUGCCUGCGUUUUCUGAAUGCAGCGAGGAGAUGGUCAGUAGGUGGAUGGAGUCUAUUGGUUCUGAUGGCUCCUACGAGGUGGAUUGCUGGCCGGAGCUCAAGAGCCUCACCGGAGACGUCAUUUCGCGCACUGCGUUCGGGAGCAGCUACCUUGAAGGAAGAAGGAUCUUCGAGCUGCAGACCGAGCAAAUCGAGCGCGCCAUGAAAUGCUUCCAGAAGAUUGCCAUCCCGGGUUAUAUGUCUUUGCCUACUGCGAAUAACCGGAGGAUGCAUCAAAUAAAUAAAGAGAUUGAAUCAAUUCUAAUGAGUAUAAUUGGGAAAAGAAUGCAAAGAAUGAAAGAAGGUGAAAGCACAAAGAAUGAUUUACUUGGCAUAUUGCUUGACUCAAACACGAGAUGCCUGGAAGAUAAUGGCCAAUCAAGCCAGGGGUUGACAAUCAAGGACGUUGUGGAGGAGUGCAAGCUGUUCUAUUUUGCAGGAAUGGAGACAACGUCGGUGCUUCUCACACGGGCCAUGCUGCUACUAUGCAUGCACCCGGAGUGGCAGGACCGUGCAAGGGAAGAGAUCAUUGGAAUAUUUGGGAAGCAAAAACCUGAAUACGAAGGUCUCAGCCGCCUCAAAAUUGUGACGAUGAUCCUCUAUGAGGUUCUUCGACUGUACCCACCCUUCACUGAGCUCAGUCGAAAAACAUACAAGCAGAUGGAGAUAGGAGGUGUCACCUACCCUGCCGGCGUCAUCAUCAACCUCCCCGUGUUGUUCAUCCACCAUGAUCCAGAAAUCUGGGGAAGCGAUGUCCAUGAGUUCAAGCCUGAGAGGUUCGCCGAGGGGAUCUCCAAGGCGUGCAAGGAUCCCGGUGCGUUCCUCCCGUUCGGAUCGGGGCCACGGAUUUGCAUCGGCCAGAACUUCGCGCUGCUUGAGGCUAAGAUGGCAAUGUGCGUUAUCCUUCAACGCUUGGAGCUAGAGCUCGCACCAGCUUAUACCCAUGCACCACAUCGUAUAGUGAGUCUUCAUCCAAUGCAUGGUGCACAGAUUAAGGUUAGAGCUAUAUGAUCAAUUUUUUGUUGUUAGCACAUUUUAUUAGCACACUUGUUGGUUCGAGUUGUGAUAUUUGUACCUUUGGAAUAAAAGUGGGAUAAGAUAUGUCAUUUCUCCUCUAUUUUCUACUAU